AUUACCUGCCUAUAUCGCAUUGUACUCCUUCUCUUCAACUUCAAAACUUUUAACACUUCUCUGAAGGCCUCUUACCAAACCACCAAACCUGUCUACCGCAAAUUUCGUUAGAUACGAAUAGAUAUGUAGGAGUGAGGCCGGAUUCUCUGAAGUUGCAAGUUUUUUUUUGUUAUUUAUAUUUAUUCGUAUGAAAAUUUGAAGUGAUUGGUUUAUUUUCUUUAUUUUAGGGACAGAAUUAAACUUUUCUUUGUAUUUUUCGAGUUCAAGCGCAGCAUUUGAAAAAGUAAGACGAACGCAGCUCUUCGUCUGGUUACUAAUCGCAUAUACGUCCAACUAUUAAUCUUGAGUGUUUGCUAUUUUCACGUUUGUAUUGUGUUCUGCGAAAAUGAAAUCGACUCCACCUGAAGGCGAGGUCUCACAAACUAACGAAAACAAAAAUAAAAAGAGAAUUAAUCGUGCAUGCGACUUAUGCCGCAAGCGGAAGAUUCGUUGCGAUGGAAAGCAACCUGCUUGCAGCAAUUGUCUUAACCAUAACAUGUCUUGUGUCUAUACUGCAAGACCUAAAAGAAAGACGGGUCAAAAACAAAUAUACAUAAAGUCAUUGGUAUCUAGACUGGAACAAAUGGAAUCAACCUUACGAUCAGUUGUUCCAAAUUUUUCUCCUCAAAACGAUACUUUCUCACAUCUAGAAGGCGACGUAGAAGAAGCCGAUAAGAGUCUAAAAGAAGAAUCUUCUUCUGAUGAGUCAGUGUCUGAUGACAUGGCUUUUAUAAAUGAAAAAAUGGGAACACUAAUAACUACACCCGUCGGCAGUCAAAAGUACAUCGGUGCAUCUUCAAGUCUGUCUAUUCUUCAACAUGCUACUAAGUACGCUUCAGGAAUUGCUUCCGAUAAGGCUCUUGAAAACUUGUUGCUAGCUAAGUCCAGUUGUUUGGAUGAACAACCAGAAGAUCCCUUUGAGGCGAUCCGUUCAGAAUUACCACCACCAGAAGUGGCACAAACUUAUGUUGAUACGUAUUUUAAAACUUUUAACACUGAGUUGCCCGUUCUUACCAGAAAGGAUUUUGAGAAAAAGUUUGGCCCCGCUGUUUGGUAUAGACAUCAUGAUGGUUCUAUGGAUGUUACCAAAUUUGCUUUAUAUACAACAGUUCUCUGCCUUGGUUGUAUCGCCAGUGGUGAAGACGAAUGGCAUCUGAUACGAGCUAAAGCUCUUUAUAUGAAUGUUAUAGAUGUGAAAAUGAAGGUCAACCAAAAUAUGAGUUUCGAUACGUUAUUAGUAACUUUUCUUUCGUCGAUAUAUUUUUCUGCGAUUUGUCAGCCUAACUAUGCAUGGCUUAGUUUGGGUGUUGUUAUUAGAAUGGCUCAAACUUUAGGUCUCCAUCGUAACAGCUCAAUGUGGUCUAUUAAUAAAGAGGAUGCUGAAGAGAAGGCUCGCGUCUUCUGGCUGAUUUAUAUUAUGGAUCGAGUUUUUUCUUUUACAUCAGGAAAACCGAUGGCAUUUCAGGAUGAAGAUAUUGAUCAAAUUGUGCCAUUUUAUUCAAUUUACCACUUUUCUUCUAUUGAAUGCAAGCAAGAUGACGAGCUUAGCAAAUUUAAUUUUUUGGAAUGCAUAGUUAAGCUGAUGCAAAUCUACGGCUAUGCCCUCCGUCAAUUAUAUUCAGUGGCUGGUAUGAAAUCCACCACCAAUGAGUUGAAAGAGAAAAUUAGGGCUUUAGAUUUACAAUUACAUGAAUGGACAACCACAAUUCCGGAAGGUAUCCAACCAUACGAUCCGUUUUCAAAAUUUCGAGUAACCCAUAUGUUAGCAUGCGGUUAUAAUUCAGCCCUUAUUCAUAUCCAUCGACAUUCCCUAACAAAGAAUUUUCAGUUAAGCUGUAGUCAUAGAGGACUAAAUCAUACUGUGGAUUCUCAAGCCCUUUGCAUACAGGGUGCACGCGCAAUUACCCACCUAUUCUCGGCAUCACUCCAUGGACACGAGUUUUCCCUAAAGGUCAUUAUGUAUCAUGCGUUCACCGCCUCACUCAUAUUAUUUAUAGGGGUUUUAAAACGUCCUCUAGCCUCCUCUUGCAAAGAUGACAUAAACUGUAUAAUUGCAGUCAAAGGAUGCUUUGUGGCAUGUGCUCGCAGAUUGGUUCUUCAUUUCCAGUCUAGUAUCGUUUUGAACGCAUUAGAUAGUAUGGUAUCCAUCGCCGAACUUGCCGUUCAAAAGGCUAAUCAGAUGGCUAGAUCUUUAUCAACCCCUUUUGAUGUCGGGGCGGACGUUGCUCAGCCUACGAUGCCGUCUUUUCCUUACAGGGAAUCGGUUCAAAGCCAAGUUCCAUUUACCCCAUUAUCGUCUGAAGCUGAAGGUAAAAGCGUAGAAGCAUUACUUUCUGAAAACAACCUUUUUUUCAACAAUGAAUAUCUAAAUUCUUUGAAUAGCAGUUUCUUAGAGAUGCAGCAAAGCAAGGUCAAUUCGCUAGAUGGGAACACUUCUUACGAUGACUUUCGAGGCAACGAUUUAGUCGCCGGAGUGAGUCCCAUCUUGGACCAAACUAUGUCAAUGUAUCCGUUUAACGAUGAGUUACAUUUGGAUUUUGCCAACUCUAGUGUUUAUAAUCCGGAUAUUUUUGAGGAUAUAAAUACGGAACCUCCAUUGUUCAAUAAUUGAAGUAUAUGCUUCCAGUUUAUUUUACGAGUUUUAAAUGUUAUUUCUUUUAGAUUUAUGGGUUUACUAUAUAUUUUAAUUAUUGUAUGCAUCCUUGAUGAACUAUGUUGGCAAUUUUGAUUAAUACAAAUCAAAAGUAUCACUUAUAGCGGGAUGAGGAUUCAGUUGUCACGGUUUACAUAAUAUUCUAAUAAUUCAUAGUGAAUAUACAGAAGUUUAAGAUAUAGGAAGAAUAGUAAAUUGAUUGGUAUCUAUACAAUAGUUACAUCCUAU